CCGUGAUUUGCGAGAAGACAUUAAAAAUGAAUGCUUUAUUUCCUAAAAUUUUCAAUAAUAAUUUUUUUUAAAAAGGUUUAAAUGUGUAGAAAGAAAAUUAUAAAUAUAUAAUGCGUACUUUAUUUAUUUUUACACAGUGCCGAUGAAUGCCGCAGUAUUCCUUUCUUUACUCGCAAUACGCAGCUACCCGUUUCAUCGGAACCAUUUUCCUAUUAGUUUCAUAUAUUUAUUACUAUUUAUGUAAACGGAUGACUAAAAAAAAUUUUUUUGUUUAAUUUAGUCAAAAUUAGUACAAAACUGCGGUAGAAUUAUAUAUAAAAGCAAAGGUUUUAUAAAAAAAAAAAAAGAAAAAAAUUUCGAAUUUCUCUCUAAACAAAAAUGGAUACAAACGAAAAUGAGAAAUAUAAUAUAUUAUUCAAAAAUUACGAAAAUUUGGACAAACCUUUACCCCCUUUAGAAAAUCCAUUUUUUCGAGAUUAUUAUUUAGUUUAUAUUAAUACAACGUACGACACAGAACAACUUCGUACGAAUCCUAAUUACUUAGCUCAUGAAUAUCAUAAUUAUACUACUUAUUUAAUAAGUUUAAUUACAGAUCAAGAAUGCUUAAAACCAAAUUUUCCACCAAAUAUAAAUGUUGAAGAUUAUGUACCAAAAUUCGAGAAAAGAAAGAAUAUCACUUACCGUACGGGAAAUUCUUUUAUUAUAUACAGAAAAUAUUUUUCUGAAUAUUUGGAAAGUUUAGAAAUUAAAUUACAUCAAUUAUUGAUCACGAGGUUAUCAAGUGAUUAUUGGAAAAGAGAACCUAUAACCGUUAAGGCCUAUUAUAAAAAAAUUUCGGAUCAAAUAAAUAAAAUUUAUAAUCAACAAACUAUGAAUUUAAUAAAAUUAGCCCCCGAGCCAGAUAGUUUAUCAGAUAGUUUAUUUUAAACAUUUUAAAAUAUAAAUAGUUAAAUAAAUAUGUAGUGUACAGUAUACUUGUAGUCAGUUAAAUUGUUAUAUUUUAUUAUAUGUAAAAUGUAUUGUAUUUCUUUUUUUUUUUCCUCUUUAAAAGGUAAUUAAGUUCCUAUAAAGUUCAUACGCAGUUUCGUACUUGUACUACACAAC